CAUAAUUUUGCGCCGCGAUAAAUCAAGAACAAGCAUGGCUGGUGUGUCAACUUUACAGAACGGUUCAUUAUCCAAACUGCAGUCUCUGCAUGGUAUAUUUGCCAUCUAUAAGAAAGAGGGUCCCACCUCAGCUGACGUGUUAAACACACUGAAGAAGGCGCUUUUAAAAGAGGCAGGCGUUGCAAAUCCCAACCCUCGGAAAAGGAAGAAGCAACCUUUAAAAAUUGGCCAUGGCGGCACCCUGGACAGCAAUGCCUCUGGUGUACUUGUGGUUGGAAUUGGUGAAGGAACAAAGAUGCUCACCACAAUGCUUGCAGGAUCAAAGAAAUACAGAGCUGUUGGAGAAUUAGGCAAAGCAACUGACACUCUUGACGUCACUGGAAAUGUUGUUGAAGAAAAGAGUUAUGAUCACAUCACAAAAGAAGCUUUUGAGGAGAAGCUGAAGCAGUUUACGGGUGAUAUUAUGCAGGUUCCACCUUUAUAUUCAGCACUGAAGAAGGAUGGCAAGCGCAUGUCUGUCCUUCUCAAGCAAGGUCAAGAGGUUGAGGCUAAACCUGCACGUCCAGUUACAGUGUACAGUCUCUCUUUACAAGACUUCAGCCCCCCACUUUUCACCAUAGAUGUGGAGUGUGGAGGCGGGUUUUAUGUCAGAAGUCUGGUUGAUGAUCUGGCCAAAGGUCUGUUGUCCUGUGCUCACAUUAAAGAACUGUCCCGGACGAAGCAGGGUCAAUUCACAUUGGAAGAACACGCAUUGAAGGAAGAAUGUUGGACGUUGGCAGAUAUAUCACAGGCUCUGCAGCCCUGCCCAAAGCCACCAGAGCAACAAAAGAAUGCCAAGAAAGCAAAAUCAAAGCAAAAGCCUGGCCCAUCUGAAUCUAAGGGUGAUGAUGGAGAUCACAACAGUGACUAAAGGUGAUGAAAUUGCCCAUCUGAUACACAAAUUACAUUCUCAGUGAGAGAAUUGUAGGAAAUUGCCUGGUCCGCUCUGAUUCGAUCUGGUCUCUUUCACCAUCCCUUUGCAUCUAAUUGCAUGGCCAUAUAUGGUACUUGUAAAUAUGGAUAAAACAGGUGGUGUCAGUGUGUUGAACUUGAUGAAAUUUACUUCAGUGCAAAAACCAUUAUCAAAGCCAUUUUUGUUUUGUUAUAUUGUUUCAAUAUAAAAACCACUUGACUAGUCCUUAUGGUGCCAAAAGAAAUAAAUGAUAAUUAUUUAGAUUUUUAGAUUAAGUUAAAACUGCACUGAUAUUGUUUUGACAAACACCAGUUGGCACUGUCAUUAUUUAACUAUGUAAGCCCAAAAGUGAUGUAAGUACUAGGCUUUUCCUUUCUUUAUAUUGUUUUUAUCACAUAUUGACAAGCUAUUAAAGUUGAUAGCGGGUUAGUGCGUCUUUUCACUUAAUGAAAAAA